AGGGUUAGUAGCGUCAAUUCACAAAUCAGUUUUCUUUAUUUUUUUGCCACCCAGGAGAACUAAACGACGACGUUUGUUGGAAAGAUACUAUUUGAGUUUUCGGAUUUCGUCUUCCUUUUUUGCGCCGAUUAGAUAGAAUAGAACCCUAAAUCAAUAAGAGACUCGAAACUGAAUCCGUCGACUGUGCCGGGAAGAAUUCAAUGACAUAUCAAUCUCAUCAACUCGAUUGAAUUGGAGGCUCCGCUGCAAUUUCCAUCUAUAAUUCCCGGAAUCUUUUUCAGGAUGCGAGGCAGUUCAAUAUCUGAGUCCUACUGUGCAUUAAUUAGUUAAGGCCUUGUACAUUGCUGACAAACUCCAUGUCGAUGGGAAGCUCAAGUGCGGCAGGGGAUGUUUCAAUUCCCCGAGGAGGCCCCAUAUUUCUCCAAAACGCUGUGGGUUCCCUAACCAAGGUUCCCGAUUUUGAGCACUCUGUUUAUGAUGAACUGGAGAGCCUCAAGGAAGAAAUUGGUUGGGACUCAACCGAGAUAUGCCUUGAUGAAAUCUCUGUGGAUGAUCUCAAGAUCAUUAAGGAGGAGGAAUUAGUUAGCAGGGCUUUCGAGGAGGCUUUUAAGGACGGGGAAUCAAUUCAGAAAGACCUGGAAAUCCUCAAAGAUGGCACAUCACCUGACACUCCACAGCCUUCCACAGACAGGUUGCUCAAUGAGAAUGACACUUUAGUUCCGUUUGGAUCAUCAACCUGUGCAGAAAGGUUGCAAGGAGAAAGCAAUGAUGUAGUUUCUUAUGAGCCCUCAGGCGAUGGUGUCCCUGAAAAUAGUGAGUCAAAGAAAACCACUGCAGGAAAGAAGAAGAAGAAGCAGAAUAAGAUUAGGCAAAAGAAAAAUGUUGACCUUGAAGAAGGUUACGUUGCAAAGGUGCGAGAAUUGGCCACAAUCAAACAGAAACAAGAUGAAGAUAAAAAGGCAGCAAGGUUGCAUUCGUUUGAUGGGAGUAGCAAGAAUCCACCUGCAACCUGUUUUCGGAAUAAAAGACAGAAGCAGACGACGGCAUCGGUUAAGUCUUUAAGCUGUUCAGCUCACGCAAGAGCAUCAUAUUCUUCUGAACAUGUUUCAAUUCAUUUUCCUGAAGUUAUUCUUUGCAUCGAGGUUUACCACAACAAACGAUCAUGGACCAAGUCGCAAGAAUUUUUAGUCCUGGGACAACAAUUUUUAAGUGAAAUCAAAGACAAGAUAUAUUGCUUGACUGAUGAAAUUAUGAAAAAGGAAGGGGUGGAAGAUUCAUCUGGAUAUUUCCUCAUAGAGGAUGUGUUUUGUAAUGACACUAGGGAACCUUCUGCUAUAGACUAUAGUAAACCCAUAUUUGAAUGGCUUGAACAAUCUGAAAAUGAGGCACUUGACAAGUGGGAAUACAUUGUAUCCGGAGAACAACAGCUGCAGCAAAAGCGCAAGGCAUUUUUAGACAACAGUGACACUGUACCUCUGCCUCAAUUCAAAGCUGUUGAUAUGCAGAAAAUUCGCAUUUGCGAUAUUUCAUUUCGAAUUGGUGCUGGAUAUCUUUAUUGUCACCGGGGAGAUUGCAAGCACAUAAUUGUUUUUAGAGAUAUGAGAUUGAGUCACCCUGAGGAUGUACAAAACCGAGCUGCUUAUCCAUUGAUAUCUUAUCAAUUGAAGUUAAUUUUAAGGAAGUGCUCCGUCUGCAACAUAUACAAAGCAACGAAGAUAACAGUUGACGAUAAGUGGGCAAAGGAGAAUCCUUGCUAUUUCUGUGAUCUUUGCUAUUACAUGCUCCACUAUGUAGAUGGUUCUCUUCUAUACAGCGACUUUUCUGUGUAUGAUUAUUUUCAUGAGUAAUUAGGUAGAUAGAGGCUUUCGUAGUCUUUUGCAAAAUGUUAGUUUUUGUGCUCGGUGGAUCUUUGAGGCCAUAAUCACUUUUAAACUUAUUGCCUUCAUGUGAAGCAAGUUUGUUACCUCAAUAACCUGUAAUUCAUUGAUGCUGUUUUUCUGGAUACUACAGGGAUUUAGAAUGUGGUGGUUUGUUAGAUGCUGUAUAUAUGAAAGAAGAAAUCACUUUGCUGGAUAUUCAAGUACUUCUUCUGGUCUUACGAUGUGUCGGAAAAGCCUGUGAAACCCUCUUGUUACUUUACUUUAAAGUUUAAACCACAAAAAACUCAAAGAUCUUAUUGUCAAGGUUAUUAGUUACCAUUUAAUGGUUUUUGUGGUAUCGUUCAAAGCAUUUUCAUUCUAUCCCUCUGUGUUGUGCAAAUGUGAGUGAUCUUUUAUAUUUUAUUUUUUAAUUUUCCUCAUUGUAUGUGGUGAAUGAUAAUUUCUAGAUUAACCUUUUGGUCCUCUUCUGUGCCACGAGGUGUAUCUUCAUGGCCCUGAGGAAAGAGAGAACUACUAGGUGCUAUUUCAAGGACAGUAUUCUUAUCCUUUCCAUUCUGUGGUUGUUUUUGUAGGAAUCUGCUUAAGUGCUUAUUGCUCCUCUAAUAUUUUGCGUCCUGUUUCGUGUCACAAGGCUGUUACAGUGGCGGGCUAUUGUUUCCUGCUUCUGCAAAGCCUAGUUGGAUUCUCUCUUUCACCACACCUGGAAUCAUGUUCAUUUUCUUUCAAUUUUUACUGCUGUAUGGCAUUUGAAUGAAGAUGUGUUCCCCUUACCUUGAACUGCAAAAAAUGCUACUUAAAUUUAUGUUUUUCAAACUUACAUUGCUCACCCCUCCACCCAUUCUAACUGCUGCUGAUAUUCAGUACUAGAGGGCUAGUAAGUUUCUUAUUUCUGCAGAGAGGUAUUCUUCUUUUCUUUCAGUUUCAGCUGGUUAAAUAUUCCUAUGUGGUUAUGGAUCUUUUUUUUUUUUUUUUUGGUUUACAGGUUAUGGAUGUUUCCGUGCUGUAAAGUAAUAGGAUGAAAUCAUAAGCAUCACUAGGUACUACGUAUUUGAUGUCUGCUUUGCUCAAUGUGCCACCUUUCUUCUAUGUUGGGUUCCUUGGUAGCUUGUGAUUACCAUCUACUACUCCCUUAACUUUUCGUGCUUGAUUUUCCUCAGUAAAGCAGCUCAAAUAGGCAAAGUUCCUUCUUCCUUUCCCUUCCAAUGCAUUUUCUGGUUAGUGCAAGAGUCGGUGAAUGGGGGAAAUAUACGUUCGGCACUUAAGUGAACAAGAUGUAUUUGUUUAUACUGAGAUUGUGGAGCGCUGUACAAGGAUCAUCUGUGAACCAUACAUAUUUUGCCUUGUGUUUUUCUGAUGAAGUUUGAAGCGAGGUUAACUGUGAUUAAUCGUCCUCACUAUUCAACCUGUGGGUUAUUCACUCAAUGAAACUCGAAAGAAAUAUCAAG